AGCGCUGACCCCAGUUGCAGACGGGAAGCGGGCAGCCCGGGGUCAGCGAGUGGGCGUCGCGGUGACCUGGCCUAGGCCCGCGGGCCUCCGAGUUCCGGCUCGGCCUCUGCCCCGCGUACCGUCUAGUCUGUACCAGGCCCUGGAACUCAGCUUCUUUAACUUUAGCCCCUGAGAUUCUCAGCCAGAGAAAUUCGAGAAGAGAAACGUGUACUCAGUGUAUGCUUCCUGUAUGGCUAUUUGUAGUUCUAGCGGGGGAUGGAAAGACCCCAAGUGUAGGCAGAGAGGAACGGUCGCGGAGAUUAGGACGAAGUAAUGUACCUCAAAUUAUCAGCGCAUUUGAUGUGAUAUAUAGCGUUUAACAACCACAUGGCUCUUUUUUCCUGUUGACCUGAUUGUUGGGGCCACUGAGGAGAGUGAUUGCGCCGGAGAGCCCAGGGCCCACCACACGCAGUCCUUCUGUGCCCAGAGUUCACCACAGACCCUCCUCUUGGCAGCAUCCAGAGAGGAAAAUACCCAUCUUCCUAGAAUAUGGCAGGUAAGAAAGUGCUCAUCGUCUACGCGCACCAAGAGCCCCGGUCUUUCAACGGGUCCUUGAAGGACGUGGCGGUGGCUGAACUGAGCCGGCAGGGCUGCACCGUCACCGUAUCUGAUCUCUAUGCCAUGGACUUUGAGCCGAGGGCCACAAGGAAAGAUAUCACUGGCGCCCUCUCCCGCCCCGAGUCCUUCAGCUACAGCGUGGAAGCGUACGAGGCCUGCAAGAAGAGGUCUCUGACCAGCGACAUAAUCGCCGAGCAGAAGAAGGUCCAGGAGGCCGACCUAGUGAUGUUUCAGUUCCCGCUGUACUGGUUCAGCGUGCCGGCCAUCCUGAAGGGCUGGAUGGACAGGGUGCUGUGCCAGGGCUUUGCCUUCGACAUCCCGGGAUUCUACGACGACAGCCUCCUCAAGGGUAAACUAGCCAUCCUGUCCUUAACCACGGGCGGCACGGCUGACAUGUACAGGAAAACUGGAGCCAGCGGAGACUUCCGAUACUUCCUGUGGCCCCUCCAGCACGGCACGCUGCACUUCUGUGGAUUUAAGGUCCUUGCCCCUCAUAUCAGUUUUGCUCCUGAAUUUGCAUCAGAAGAAGAAAGAAGGGAGAUGGUAGCCUCCUGGGCACAGAGGCUGAAGACCAUCUGGAAGGAGGAGCCCAUCCCCUGCUCGCCCCCCUGGUAUUUCGGGCAGUGACCUCGGGGCCAUGCUGGGAGGUGCUGGUGUGUGUAAUAAAUGACGGCACGACA